AAACCAGAGAAGUAGCUGGGGGGAUCCGGUGGCCACAUCGUGAGAUCCCUAAGAGUGAAAUGUAUAGGCCCAGGGAAAAGUGUUUUUUCAGCCUCGAGAGGCUGAAAGGCUUUAGACUUUCCUGUGGCGGCCACAGCCGCUGAAUCCCGGGGACCGGCGCAGAGCCAAUACUCUUGCAAGCCGGAUGCCCUCUGUGGAUGAAAGAUGUAUCAUGGAAUGAACCCGAGCAAUGGAGAUGGAUUUUUAGAGCAGCAGCAGCAGCAGCCUCAGUCCCCCCAGAGACUCUUGGCCGUGAUCCUGUGGUUUCAGCUGGCGCUGUGCUUCGGCCCCGCUCAGCUCACGGGCGGGUUCGAUGACCUUCAGGUGUGCGCGGACCCCGGCGUCCCCGAGAAUGGCUUCAGGACGCCCAGCGGAGGGGUCUUCUUUGAAAGCUCUGUCACCCGUUUUCACUGCCAAGACGGAUUCAAACUGAAGGGCUCUACAAAGAGACUGUGUAUGAAGCAUGUAAACGGAACCCUAGGCUGGAUCCCAAGUGACAAACCCGUCUGUGUGCAGGAAGAUUGCCGCAUCCCGCAAAUUGAAGAUGCUGAGAUUCAUAACAAGACAUACAGACACGGAGAUAAGCUAAUCAUCACUUGUCAUGAAGGAUUCAAGAUCCGGUACCCCGACCUAUACAAUGUGGUUUCAUUAUGUCGUGAUGACGGAACGUGGGACAAUCUGCCCAUCUGUCAAGGCUGUCUGAGACCACUUGCCUCUUCUAACGGCUAUGUGAACAUCUCCGAGUUCCAGACUGCCUUCCCAGUGGGAACUGUCAUCUCCUAUCACUGCUUCCCUGGAUUCAAACUCGAGGGCUCAGAGUAUCUUGAAUGCUUGCACAACCUUAUCUGGUCGUCCAGCCCACCCCGGUGCCUUGCUCUGGAAGUCUGUCCGCUACCUCCCAUGGUGAGUCACGGCGAUUUCAUCUGCCACCCGCGACCUUGUGAGCGCUACAACCACGGAACCGUGGUGGAGUUUUACUGCGACCCCGGCUACAGCCUCACCAGUGACUACAAGUACAUCACCUGCCAGUACGGGGAGUGGUUUCCAUCCUAUCAGGUCUACUGCGUCAAGUCAGAGCAAACGUGGCCGAGCACCCACGAGACCCUCCUGACCACGUGGAAGAUCGUGGCGUUCACGGCAACCAGCGUGCUGCUGGCGCUGCUGCUCGUCAUCCUGGCCAGGAUGUUCCAGACCAAGUUCAAGGCCCACUUUCCCCCCAGGGGACCUCCCAGGAGUUCCAGCAGCGACCCUGACUUCGUGGUGGUGGAUGGUGUGCCCGUCAUGCUCCCGUCCUAUGACGAGGCUGUGAGCGGCGGCUUCAGUGCCUUAGGCCCCGGGUACCUGGCCUCUGUGGGCCAGGGCUGCCCCUUACCCGUGGAUGACCAGAGCCCCCCAGCAUACCCCGGCUCAGGGGACACAGACAUGGGCCCGGGGGAAUCAGAAACCUGCGACAGCGUCUCAGGCUCUUCGGAGCUGCUCCAGAGUCUAUAUUCACCUCCCAUGUGCCAAGGGAGCACCCGCCCCGCUUCCGACAACCCUGACACAGCUCCCAGCACGGCGGGGGAGGUGGCAUCCACCAGCCCGGGCAUCGACAUUGCAGAUGAGAUCCCUCUAAUGGAAGAAGAUCCAUAACUGGAAAAAGUCCCGAUGAUUCUGCUACCCGCUUGGGGAUGGGAACCGUGUACCUUGGAGUGAGGCCUCUGGAGGACAGAGCUUGGGGGCGAUGGAGCAAGUUUUCUAAUCUAUCAACAACAUGGGGACAGCGACUCAUAUUGUGCAUCUCGGACUCAAGAACGAGGCUGAUAAACGGCAGCAGCAGUGUUUUAAAAUAAGACUUGAGGAUUUGCUAAGACCAGUGAGGAACAGCAGGAUGAGGGGGAACCCUGAGCAGUCCUGGAUGAAGGUAUUAAGGGCAUCUCGUGCUGCAGAACAUGGGACAGACGGUUCCACGCAUAUAUCCACCAAAUUCCACCUCCCACCGACUUACGAGUAGUACCCGCUUCCUCUGAAAGCAUGUCACAUUACGUAAAUCGCUUCUAAAACCCGCUUCAAACUGUCUCUGGACUCCAGCUUCGGAUGGCCCAGCCUCUGUAGGAAGUCUAUGUUGAGCUGCGGGAAGAGCAGCAGCGCGCCCCCUGCAGGCUCCCAAAGGAAGGUUCUCAAGUGUCCCUCGGACAGUCUUCCUCGCACUGGACAACCCUACUCAAGGCAAGAUUAAAGCGGGACGUGGCAGUUCCACUGAGAAUGGAAAGGAAAGACUCAGGCAGACUCUGCUUUCUGGAGAUUUCUCCGAAAGGCAGAGUUCCUGUCCUCCGUGCUGUCCUGUGGUGAAAUGUCGUCAGUAUUUGUAUUCAUGGUCUGGCACAUGGAUCCACGGCAUUGGCUAAACCGUGUGACUUUACACAUGGUCAGAGUGUGUUCAAAUACGUCUCAUGGUGGAGAAGUAACCAAGGUAAUGUUUUGUUUCAGCAUUUUUAAAAGCUUCCACUUGACAGUUUAUCUCACUUGUGAGCCCCUCUCCUUUUAACUAUUAAGAGUUGUUGUCCCCGCUCCCAAACUCAGUCAGAUUUAAUUUUCCAAAACAGAAAUUCUAUCUGGAAACACAUUCCUCCUCCUCCUCCAGAUAAAGUAUGAGGUUGAAUUAUUGUACCCCUUUUAUUUUGUCCUGCAAAGUCCACAGGCUCCAAAGAUGGACGGCUCUGCCCUCCUGCUUUGGGGGUCCCCUCCUGCCUUACCCAUCAGUCCAUCCAGCACGCCCUCCGUACCCUCCCGGGGCCCACUGGGUGUCGUUCCUAAAAAAUGAUUGAUAAACACGUUUCCCAAGUCCCGAAAUGUCUCUUCAAAUACAUGUUAAUCUGUGGAGCUGAUUCUUUUUCUCCUCUGGGUUUCAGACAAAUACAAACAAAAUUCUUUUUUUUUGUUGUUGUUCAUAAAAUUGCUAUGCUGAUAGAGCGGUGAGAGCUGGAAGCUUGAUCAAAUCCUGUUUUUUCUUGACACAGACUGAUUAAAAAUUAAAA